UAUGCACACACCACACUCUGAACUCCAAAGUACCACUUCCACCUCUCAGACACCUGCCCACAGAUUUACUCUCUGCUGGAGAUGUGGUCCAGCCUUGUAGCACUGCGGCGGCUCCAGCGGAUCGCUGUUGCUCCUUUGAAUAUCACCGGGGGUCUCACAGGCAGUGUGCACAGGGAGAUUUCAACCGUGAAACGGGUGUAUGUCACCCGACAGAUCCCACCCGAUGGCCUGAAAAUCCUCCGUGAAUCUGGACAGGUGCAGUUCGAGCUGUGGAACUCCGACGAUGACACUGUGCCCAGGAAGGAGCUGCUGCAGAAGGUCAAAGGUGUCGACGGUCUGCUCUGUAUGCUGACAGAGAAGAUUGAUGCAGAGUUAUUGGAUGCUGCAGGUCCGAACCUGAAGGUCCUCAGUACUAUGUCAGUGGGUUUUGACCAUCUCAAUUUGGAGGAGCUGAAAAAAAGAGGGAUCCGUGUGGGUUACACCCCUGAGGUCCUGACAGAUUCUGUGGCUGAGCUGACCGUGGCUCUGCUGCUCACGACCUCCAGGAGGCUUGUAGAGGCCACACAUGAAGCCAAGACUGGAGGCUGGGGCACAUGGAGAACUCUGUGGCUGUGUGGACAUGAGCUGGCCAACAGCACUGUGGGAAUCCUGGGCCUGGGGAGGAUUGGUGUUGCCAUCGCUGAUCGUCUGGCACCUUUCAAAGUUAAAAAGUUUAUCUACACAGACGUAGAACCCAGACCAGAGCUGGCCAGUUCCAUCAAUGCAGAGUACGUCUCCUUCGAUGAGCUGGCAAAGCAGUCCGAUUUCCUGGCUGUGUGCUGCGCUUUAACACCUGAAACAAAAGAGAUCUGCAACAAGAACCUCUUCUCCAAGAUGAAAAGUAACGCCAUCUUUAUCAACACCAGCAGAGGGGGUGUGGUGAACCAGGAAGACCUGUAUGAGGCUCUGUCCACUGGGCAGAUUGCAGGAGCUGGAUUAGAUGUCACUGUUCCUGAGCCCCUGCCCACAGACCACCCACUCUUUACCCUUAAAAACUGCGUGAUUCUUCCACAUGUUGCUAGUGCCUCCUACAGUACCCGUAACGCCAUGUCCUCCCUGGCGGCAAACAACCUCCUCCUCGGCUUGAAGGGGGAGCCGAUGAUCAAAGAACUCAAACUGUGAGAGGGAAACUGGUUCCACUACCUUCAUCACUUCAACCAACACUACUCAUUUUUGCUUUGGAGGAUUCAAACGCAAACUCAGGACUUUAGUUUUAUUUUAUUUAGAUUUAUUUUGUGCUUAAAGCUCCUGUGAGGAAUUUUAAGUUAAAACUGCUUCUAUAUAUAUUCUGUUGGCCAGUACGUUCUUCACCACCCAUUUGUUGAUGAUGUGAAUAUACCCAAAUACACCUAGCAUUGAUAUUAAGGCAAAUUGUCAUCACAGCAUCAGCCUUUGUCGCUUUGUCCGCCACUUCCAGGUCAUGUUUUUGACACGGUCUUGUCUCCUGAGAUCCCCCAUGGCCUCCAGUCCCACUAGGAUAGAUUCCCGCUGUGAGGUGCAUGUGUUAACAAGCACCUUGGGAAGAUUUCAGGGGGGAACCUGCCUGAAAUUGCCAAGAAAUUUGCACAUGUGAAAACAACUUAAACCAUCAACAGGACCCAAUCAGGAAAGAAGAGGUAUAGCUUUGUCCACAGGAGGGCGCUAAAGUCGACACAAUCUGAAAGUUCCUCACAGCAGCUUUACAUUUUAACUUUAUUAAAACAAUUAUGUCAGAUUUUUCUUCAUUCUUGUACAGUUUCUGUGACAUUUUUUCGCUCAAAUUUAAUUAAAAAAAACGAGCCGAGCAACAAAA